AUCAGCACCCCCAAGGAAUCCAAACAGAGACAGGACGAACACGCAACAAGCCCCGAAGCCCAUGACAAGCACGGCCAAGCUCAAGUCCCAGCCCUGAAAUGAAGUCAUCACGCCCGAAUUGGUUUCAAACGGCAGGAAAACGGGCCCGGUAGCUCGGUCUGGCCCGCCUUGGUGUGGGUUCUUAACUCGUCCUCCUCGUCAACUCCAGCUCCUCCACACCAGUUCUAGCUUUCUCCACGCCCUUCUCCCCACGCGCGCCUGGAGCAUCGCGCCCGAGAACGCCAGUCGGCAUCGCAAAAGCACAGCACGGCACCUAGAUAGCAUCCUUAGCCAUAAGCAAGGAUGCCUCUCUCGCACUUGACCAUCCUGGCCGCCCUGGCGUCCCUCGCCGCAGCCUCGCCCGCCCCGCUGCCCCGGGCAGAGGCCGCACCGCUCGUCACGCCCGCGCCGACGCUGGAAGGCCAGCCGACUCGCACGCUGGAGAGGCGGGUCGAUGUCUGGGGCGCCUUCGCGUCCGGAGUCAACUCGGUCAUGUCCGGGCUCGGGAGCUCGAUCCCCUCCUACGUGGCCUCUGGCGUGCCCAACUUUUUCCAGGACUUCCCGACUGGCGACAAGGUGCAGAGCUCGCUAGGCAUUGACGACGACCAGGUGCGGGCCCUUCCGACGCAAGUUCUCAACAUACCUCCUUACGCAAACUGGAGCAACAACGCCUGGAAUAUUCGCUUCCGUGGAAAUGUCUACAAACAACCAAAUACAAGCGUCGAAAAGCUCAACAAGCUGGCAAACGUCUUUCUUAUCGGCACAGACAUCAAGGAUCUCCCGCCUCAGGAACAGGACCAAGCCCGAAAUAUCACGGCGUCGAUAUUCAUCCUCCAGCAGGGUGACCAGAACGUCACAAUGAUCAUGAAUGCUACCGGUGGUACGCAGAACAUGAACCUUCCGACGCGUACCACGGCCCAGGGCGACUUCGAUGAGUUUGUGCCGAUGAUCCAACUCAACGGCCUGCAACGAGGAGACAUGGCCCAGAACAACGUCCAGAGGCUGAACGUCUAUGCGAACGGCUCAACACUUGGCAACGCGACUGCCUACCUUGUACCGCCACGAGGAUACUCGAUAAUCAGCGACAUAGACGAUAUAUUACGGGUCACCAAAAUCUAUAAGCCCAAAGAGGGCCUUCUCAACUCGUUCGCUCGCGCAUUCGUGCCUUGGCAAAACAUGCCGGCCAUAUACGCCAACUGGGCCCAAAACAUCCCCGGAGCUCACUUCCACUACCUCACGACGACGCCGGAACAGGCCACGCGCAUCUACAUGGACUACAUCUACAAGACAUACCCAGCGGGGAGCUUCGACACACGUCCUUUGAACUUCAGCGACGUUAGCGCGACGCUCUCGAUCCGCAAGCACCUGCUCGACCGCAUCUUCGAGACAUUCCCGGAGCGCCGGUUCGUCCUCGUCGCCGACACGUCGAAUUCGGAUAUUAUGAAGGCCUACCCGCAGAUGGUGAAGGACUUCCCCGGCCAGGUGGCCUGCAUCCUCCUACGCAACACGAGCGCCACCGACCCGGACAUGCUGUUCCCCUAUAAUACUGCGGGGUUCAAGGAUGUAAAUCAAAGCAACUACAUGUUCUUCCGCACGACCGACGACCUGGUGGGGCUCGAUCUUGGCCGCGGCGACUGCUACAACUCGUCUGUCCCCCGAAACCUCACGUUUGGCUACCAGGCCGAGCUCCUCAAGCGGGGAGCCGCGGGGCGCCUGGGGUUGCCUCGGGGGAUGCCGGUGGUGAUUGCGGCAAUGGUGGUCAUCUUCCUCCUUUUCUAGGUCAUGAUGAUGAGAAGAUGAUUUUGCUUAUGGCGAUGUAUUUUACGUGGGGGCUGGCUGGAGCGGUCGGUGCUACUGCCGUGCUUGCUGUCUCUAUGCAAGGCGCAUUCCUGGAUUCACUCUGGCUGUCCCUUUGGGAGGGCGAAAUAUGACUUUUGAACAUAUGAAAUACGAGAACAUGUUUACUUUUGUAUUUAUUUACCGUAUCAAGCCCGAGCCCGCGGUCUGAGCAUGCGAAAGCAGUAGUAGGUCGAGGAAGUGGCUGUUUCGACACUGUCGAUUUCAGACCCCGCCGUCCUAUAUACUCGCGCUCGGUUUAUAAACAUAGUGCCCUUUGACGAUAG